AUGACUAUCGAGUUUGGAACGGCACCAGUUGGCACAGUGCUGACAUUUGAUGACAUCACUGUGUACAAUGGCAACUUGCCUCCUGUAGGCGUCGUCCCUGGCGCCGCGACCAAGAUCGCCGCCACCAGCACCGACUUUGAGGGCGCCGGACCCUUCCCUGCAUCGGGCGGCCAGUACGGCGGCGCAGCCGCGACAUUCGCCUUUGGUGCGCCCGCCGGCGCGGUCGCCGCCGCUUCUGGCACGCAAGGCGCCUCUGCAGCCGUCGUCGCUGCAGGAACUGCCAGCUACAACCUCCAGUUUGUGGGCCCCUGGACGCAGCUGACGGGUGGCCGCAAGUACACCGCGCGAGUGCAAGUGCGCGCCACUGCGCCGUCACCGGUGACUCUGGUGUUCCUGAGGAACCUGGUCUACACACCCUUCGCGCCCAGCUUCGCGCCCGUCACCGUGGGGACCGCAUGGACGACGCUGACAAUCGCUGACGUCAUCCUGCCGGCCACGGCUGAGUACCACGUGCAGGCUGAGUUUGGCCUGGCGGCUGCGGGCACCACCCUCUUCUUUGACAACCUGGAGGUCUUCGACACAACAGACGGCCCGGCACCAGCACCACCAGCCACCAACUCCGUCACACCAGGCGGCGGCGGCGGCAGCGGCACUGCGACCAAGAUCGCCGCCACCAGCACCGACUUUGAGGGCGCCGGACCCUUCCCUGCAUCGGGCGGCCAGUACGGCGGCGCAGCCGCGACAUUCGCCUUUGACGGCACGGCACCCGCACCACCAGCCACCAACCCAGUCACACCCGGGGGCGGCGGCGGCGGCGGCGGCGCAACUGUCCUCGCCACCACCAGCGAGGACUUCAGCGGCCCCGGCGCCCCCAAGUUUGUCUUCGCCCAGUUUGCCGGCGCCGCUCUGACCCCCGGCAACGCUGCCGGCGUGGCGCAGGCGACGGUCGUGACGGCCGGCGCCGACCAAUAUGCCCUGCAGCUGGUGGGGCCCAGCGUGCAGCUGGACGCGACCAAGACUUACACCAUCAGUGCCUCCGUCACUGCGUCGGUCGCGACCACCGUCCAGGUGCUCUUCUUGCAAGAGACCCCCACCCUGGCGCCCGUCAGCCCCCAGGGCUUUGCUGUCGGCCCCGCCGCCAAGACGGUCACCCUGGCCGGCGUCAAGCCGCCUACCACAGGGCCACACCACGUUCAGUUUGAGUUCGGCAAAUCCGCCGCCGGCACUGUCAUGACAUUUGACAACAUCGUGGUGAUAGUCCAGUGA